AUGUAUUUAUCAUGUUUAACAGCUUUCAGAAAGUAUAAAAUAUAUUCAAAUGAAGAAAGUAUUUUUAUUAUAGGAAUAAGUAAGAAGGAAGAUGCAUAUGAAAUAACUGAAGUAGCAAAAACAAAAGAAAUUCAAAUAAAUGGAAAUUUUCAAUUAUUUAAGAAAAAUUUGUAUCGUAAUUUUUUAAAAGAAAAAAAGUUAACAUUUUUAUGUAAUUGUGAAGGGAUAUUAGGAUGUAUUAAAUUUUUGAAUUUUCCUUAUUUAUAUGUACUAACAAAAAAGGAGAAAGUUGCUUGCUUAUUUAAUGAACAUAAAAUAUAUGUGGUUAAAAAUGUUUUAUUAAUUCCAUUUAAAGAAAAUGUUUUUGAAAAUUAUAAUGAAGAAAAUGAGUUAAUAGAAAUUUUUUAUAAUAAUAUAAAUCAUAAAUAUUUAUAUUUUUCAUACACAUAUAAUUUAUCUAAUUGUGUUCAAGAUAAUUACUUUAUUCAAAAAGAAUUUUUAAAGGGAAAUGUGAUAUAUAAUAAAAAUUAUAGAAACCAUUUUAUUUGGAAUUUAUAUCAUUGCAAACAUUUUGUUAAAAAUAAUUUAUUCAUUUGUUUAUUUUUAAUAAAUGGAUAUUUAAUACAAUCAAAAUUUUACUGUUCGGGAAAAGGUAUAGAUAUAACCUUUAUAGCAAGAAGAUGUAAUAAAUAUGCAGGUACUAGAUACAGAAAAAGAGGGAUAAACUCCAAAGGAUUUUCAGCAAAUGAAGUAGAAUCAGAAUUUAUUUUAUUUGAGAAAAAUAAUUUUAAUGCAAUACUGUCAUAUGCUCAAUUAAGAGGAUCCAUACCUAUAUUUUGGAAGCAAACUGUGAAUUAUAAGUUAUUAAAAAAACCCAAAAUAAAAUUUAUGAAAAAUGAUAUUAAUUAUACUUGUAGUAAAAAUCAUUUUAAAUUAUUAUUUAAAAAAUAUGGGUAUCCUAUAACUGUAGUAAAUUUAUUAAGUAAAAACAAAUAUACUGACGAGAAUAUUUUAUCAAAAGAAUAUAAGAAAUGCAUUGAUUCUAUUAAUAAAGAAUUACCAAAAAAAAUUCAAAUUAUUUAUAAACAUCUAGAUUUAAGAAAAGCAUAUAGCAUUGGUUCAAAGUAUACACAGAAUAAUUUAAAAUUAUUAUUUAAUUUUUCAUUAAAUAAUAUUGGUUUUUUUUAUAUAAACAAUUUUAAGCUUAUUUUAGUUCAACGAGGGAUCCUCCGAUUUAAUUGUGUUGAUUGUUUAGACAGAACUAAUGCUGCACAGUUAUUUAUAAAUAUAUACAUUUUCAAUAAAUUUCUUAAAUUAACAAAAUUAAUUAAUAAAAAUAACUUGAGUAUAAAAGUAAUUUCUCAUUUAUCUCAGUUAUAUGAACAAUUAGGUGAUGCUAUUUCAAAACAGUAUGCUGGAUCAACGGCUCACAAAAAAUAUACAACAGGAAAAAGCUCAAAUAUUUUUAUUCAAUCAAAAGAGUUAUUUACUUCGAUUAAAAGACAUUAUAUAAGCUCAUUUAAUGAUUUAGAAAAGCAGAAAUCUAUUAAUUUGUAUUUGGGUGUAAUUAAUUCAAAGCUUAAAGAAAUAAAAAAUUCAAAUGAUCUUGAUAAUUUAGUUCAUAACACUUAUUUUAAAGACAAUGGAAAUAAUAUAUUUUGGUGGGUAAUCCCAUUGGAACAUUUUUAUUACAAAAUAGAAUCAUUAUUAGAUUUAAAGAACAAAAAAAAAGAUAAAAGAAAAAUUAAUGCAUAUAGAAAAAAAAAAAUACUUAAAAAAGGAAAAACUAUAAUAAGUAAUUCAUUUAAAAUAAAAAUAAAAAAUAAAAUAAAAAUUAAGAAUAUACUUAAAAAUAAUGAAAUAAACGACAAGGUAUCCAGUGUUUUAGAAAAAAAUUCUAAAAAAAAAAAGGGAGAAACAAAUAAAAAUAUUAGAAGUUCAUCUUCUUUUAAGACUUUAUUCUCCUCUACAGAGAUAAAAGAAGAAAAAAAAAUUAUUUCUAAUAUGUAUAAAAAUUUUAAGUUUUAUCGUUGUUUUAGCAAUACAAAUAUAUUUAAACACCUUUACAAUGCAAAUAAAUUACGUAUCUCCUUUAGUGAAAACAAUAUUUUAUCAUAUGGAUAUAGCAAUUUUUCUAAUAAUAAUUCAAAUUCAUUAAUCAAUUUAUAUGUAAAUGAUCAAAAAGGAGAUAUAGACAAAUUCUUUUACUUUUUUAAUUAUGCAUCACAAAUAUAUAAAUUUUACAAUGCAUACAAAAACAAUUUUAAUUUUAUUUUCAAAAACAAAAAUAUAUUUAGAUUCAAAUUAUGGAGAUAUAUAGCUUGUUAUAAUUAUUUAAACUACUUAAAAAUUUAUUUUAAUUUUUUUUUUCUUUUUUAUUAUAGCAUUUUUACAAAUUAUAAUGUAAGAUUAAUAUUUUUAUAUCACAUAAAUCUUUUAUCACAAAAGAAUGAUUUUUUUGAAGAUGAUAAUUAUUGUGUAAUAAACGUUGGUACUUAUGAAAAGGAUAUUAAAAAAAUUGUUGAAAAUUUUAAAAAAUAUAAAAACAUUUCUUUAUUAUUAAAAAGCUAUCUAAAUUAUUAUGAAGUAUAUAAAUUACCUUAUAAUUAUAUGCUAAUUAAUAUAUCUUCCAUUAUAAAAAAAAAACCAAAAAAUUAUAGAGUUAAAAAGGAAAAUUAUCAAAAAUGCAAAAAAUCUUUAAUGAAAAAUCACAUAGAGUAUACGUAUCAUAAUAAUGAAGAAUUUUAUCAAUUAAUUAAAAAUAAUGAUGCUAUAAAUCUCUCAGAUGAUCAAAAUAACACUAAUAUUAAAAAAAUUUUUAUUAAUAAAAAGAAAAUUGAAAGAAGAAAAAAUAAAAGAAUAUUUUUUUCUUCAAUAUAUCAUAAACUCAGUAAAAAUAUAAAAUAUAUAAAGGAACAUAAGAAAAAAGAAGAAAUAUAUAAAUUGUCUUAUAUGUAUUCCCCUAUCUAUUUUAAUAUGAAUUUAAUAAAACUUUUUUUUUUUGUUUAUAGUUAUUAUUGUAGUAAUAAAAGUAAUAAUACCAUAGCAAAAUUAAAAGAAGGAUUAGUAAUAGAUGAUAAGCAUUAUAAUCGUUCUGCAUAUAAUUUAUAUAACGUGGAAUUUUUUCUUAAAGAAUUAUUAGUAUCUCGGUCAAUAGAGAAUUUUUUUUCAGAACUUUAUUUAUCCUAUAUUUACAGAACGAACUAUUACAAGAAAUUAAAUUUAAGUUUUUAUAAAAAUUUCAAAAGUUCUUUUAAUAAUAAUUUAAAAUAUCAAAGAUCUUCUGAAGAAAAACUAUUCUUAGAAGAAUAUGAUCCUUAUGAGAAUAUUUCAAAAAAAAAAAAAAUUCUCAAUAUAGAUAAAAAAAUAUCAAAAGAAGUUAAACGAAAUUAUAAUUCUGUUUCUAAAAGUUGUUUAUUAAUUAAAAAUUUUAAUAGAAGAUAUUUUUCUGAAAUGAAGUAUUUUAUAGAAAGAGAUCAAAAAAUUAAAAAUUACUUGAAGAAUAUCACUUCCUUUAAUAGAAAAAUGAAUCAUUGUGAUAUUUUUCUAAACGAUUUUAAAGAAUAUGUUAAAUUAAAUGAAAACAAAAAAAAACAAUUUACUUUUUAUAAUAUAAGUAACUUUAAUGUUUUAAAAGAUAAAAUUGAAAAUCAUAUGAAUUAUCAUGAAUAUUGUAACCCCUUAAAUAGAGAAAUAUUCUUAAAAUAA